AUGUAAUUUAGAAUUAAGUUUACUUGUUAUUAUGACUUCUGUUGUGGCUCAAGGCCACCAGGAAAGCUUGGAGAAGAAGUUUUUUGAUUUGGUUAUUCAACCAAAUAAAUAUGAAGUUCCAAUUAAACCGGAACCGAACUCAAAAAAAGUCCAAACUUAUUCGGAUAAAGUAAAAUCUUCUGUUCGUAAACAAAAGGCAGAAAACAACAAGGAAAAUGCAAUAAACCCGCCAAUUAUUACCCCUGACAUGUUGUUGAGUCCACUCCACAUAACUAUGGUUCCCAACCCUUCUACAUCUAUUCUACAAUCUCGGGUUCAACAAGAGGUGAAAGAUGCAGAACACAAAGCAUUGCUGAUCAGCAGAAACCAUAAGAUGAUGGUUAAAGUUAAAAGUGAUGAUAAUAGUGAGGUUGAAACCGAAGUAAAGCAAGUGUCUGUUCCACAGGUUAUUGAGCUUGGUUUGGUUGGUGUGUUUGAACUUAUCCGCGAAACUUCCAGUCAACAUAAGAAGUUAUGUUGUAAGGCGCUUCGUGCAUUGUUAAACAUGCUACAGGAGCAACAACUUGGUGGAAUGAGGAGCGAACCACGACAAGUUUUGGAAAAUUUGUUCACAAUGCUGUUGGAGUUAUCUCGUUUGCCUGAUGAUGAUUUUGCGAAAGAAGAAGCGGAGAGCAUUUUGUCUUCAACAUCAUUGCCGGGGAUUGGACCUUACAUGGACGGGAUCAGUGUUGCAGAUUCUAUUCCUUCCCUUGCAAGUUCAUGUCUUCUUAGUUUGGUAUUUGCGUGGGGCAACACUGCAAAAAUGAUGACUGUUGUUUCUGUGUUUGUGGCUGAAUGCUCAAACCAGAAAUAUCCUUUGCUUAUUCAGGUCCCCAGCAACUUUGUAGAGUUACAACGAACAGUAUUGGCAGCUUCUUUGGGCAAUAUGAGCGUGCCUUCACCGCUACAGAACGGAAUCAACAGAACUGCUGUGUUUGCUUCUUGGAAAAUUGAAGAACACACCAGACUUUUCCCUACAAGACCCACCCCCAUAUCAAUCCAGUGUGACGGGGUAUAUUUAUACUGCUUGUUUAGUGAUGGGACCUUAGCCAAGAUAGGCUCUGGUUACCAAACCACUCUACCUGGCAAAGUCUACAAGCUGUCAUGCUUGUUUAACUUGGAAUCUUUUCCACAAGAACACCACAUUCCAACCAAAAUCUUCUAUUUCAAGGGAGCCCUUCAUGUGCUAACGAUGGCUUCAAAAUUAUUUGUGAUAAAUCGUUCAACAUUUGAAUUGACUUUCCUGAUGGAUUUUCCACAAACUGGCUUGUGGUUUUGUGAUAAUGAAGGUCCAUGUUCACUUCUGCCAUUGCCGGAUGAGGACGCAUAUUGUUUGUUUUUCCAUGAGUUGGAUUCAAACCGAAUAAACUUGAAAUAUCAAAUCAAGACACAUCCAACAAAGAAACAUCUGAUAUCUAUGGGUUCCCAUCUAAGUUACAACCCUAUACAAGAUGCUGGCCAUGACUCCAAUGAAAUAGUCGAGGUAAAGGUGGGUAAAGAGUUUUCUCUUUCCCUCAAUAUUAAAGGUGAAGUGUUGUAUGCUGGGAAGUCCGAUGCUUUAGGAAUGACUAAGGUCAGUGCUUGUUUGUUUUUAAUUUAUAGUAAAAUAUAAGGGGAUAGUGCUAAA